UCAGGCAUGCGACCUACACCAAGCUCGUCAUCCAGGCAAGUCAACAACAAAUUAUUCGGAUUUUGUAUUUCCCUACGACGACAACCUCUUGCAUUCUUUUUAAUCACAAUCUCCAGCCGAAGAUAUUCAGAUCCUCAAAUCCUUCUUGUCCAACAGCCCUCCCUUCCUUCUACAGUCAACGAUCAUGCGGAUACCUCGAACUCCGGCUGAUGCGGCCAUCCUUUCAGCGAUGCUACUUCCCUGCCUUGCAGUAGCCAGCGGAACAUACGAUUGCAACAAUAUUGUGUUGAAAGGGCGUCAAUGGCAUUUAAAAGAACUAGGAGGGCCGAAAUCAGUGCUUCAGUCAGAGGAGUUAGCUUCGGGGUUUAAGAACACAACAUACACGAUCGAUAUCUGCAAGCCGCUGAAAAGGGAGAACAAGGAAAUAAACUGCCCCAACUUUGCUCGAGGUAUGUUGUCCGUAGACGCCGUUCUUUCAUGGACCUUUACUAAGACCCAACUAGUUUGUGCAGUCGAACGAGAUGUUACAAAAGAUGGCAAAGCGGAUUCAUUAAUGGACUCGUGGCCGCUGGCAGGAGAUCUCAGAGACUAUGGCGGAAAGGACCUGAAUGCAAAGUGGGAGAGUUUAUCAGAAUCAAACUCUCACGCGGACUCGGAGAAGGAAGGUUUACGACUCUCGAUGAAUGGAGGGUUACAUAAAGUGAACAACGAACAGCGAGCACAGAAAGUCAUCGUGGAAUUCAUCUGCGAUCAUGACCUGUUUGGAGACGAGAACCUCUGGGAUCCAGAAGAUCAUUACGAGAGUGUGCCAGACAAACGUGCUGAGGGAGAUGACACGGACGGACCCAAAAAUGGAGAGACUCAAGAUCCUACGGGCGCGCCCAGCCUGCAGUUCCUGAAGUAUGAUAGAUCUGGCACAGACAUGGAUAUACUGCGCUUGUCGUGGAGAACCAGAUUUGCGUGUCUAGACGCUGGCGAUGAAAAGACUCGGGAUCCGAAUGGUCACUGGGGCUUCUUCACAUGGUUCAUCAUCAUUGCUUUCCUUUCUACUGCUGCCUACCUUAUUUUCGGUUCCUGGCUCAAUUACAACAGAUAUGGUGCUCGAGGCUGGGAUUUGCUCCCUCAUGGAGACACAAUCCGCGAUGUGCCAUACUUGCUGAAGGACUGGAUGAGAAGAGUGAUGAGCACAGUCCAAGGUGGUGGAAGCAGGGGAGGUUAUGCUGCGGUGUAAUGAUGCUUGUAGACGGUAGAUGAGGCGUGUACAUCGAUGGGACCACAAACAGAGAGGGUACAGACGAGAUCAAUCCAAGGUCGUGGUUUUCAACACCUUUCGGGAGUAAGGCAGGCGCUGAGGCAAUAAAUGGCAUUCGAGGAGCAUGGACACUUUUGUAUCAUAGGCCGUUUCUUUGUUGGUCAUUUCUAUGUACACUCUUGGCUUCUAGCCGGACAUUCAAUCUUGGUUUGGAG